CUAAGAAUAGUGAUGGCAAAGCCAGAAGCAACUAAAGAAAUUCUCCGAAAUAAAAAUAAAAUUAAAACAUACAAAGCAACUAUCUUUGGCGAUCAAACCAAAGCCCAAAGAGAAUAUUAUAAUAAAAUAAAGAAACAGUUAGAAGAAAGUAAGAACAGAGGGGAAAAUAAAUAUAUAAAAUAUAUAAAUAACAUACCCACAUUAGUUGAUUGUCCUCCUUCAAAAAACUAUUGACAACAAGAAAAGGUAUGGAAGUGCAUGAUUGCCCCAAUUUUAAUGAAGACAUCAUUUAUUUAAAUACUGAAAGUUUUUUGCCACAUAAAACUGAAAUAAUUGCUUAUAUUGUAUGUUAUAACCCCACAAUAAUAGUGCUUAGUGAAUCAAGAGUUACCAAGGAUGUAGAAGAUUUCGAAAUACAAAUCAAUAACUAUAGUGCAGUCCGCUGUGACAGUGAUAGUCGACAUACAGGAGGAAUUCUAAUUUUUAUAAGAGAGGGAGUGGACUACAGAAUUCGAAAGAGCAGUAUUAUUCCUGGAAAUUAUUGGAUGAGAUGUAUUGAAGUAAACAUAUCAAAUAAGAGGUGGUUGAUUGGAGGUCUGUAUCACUCGCCCAGUUCAAGUGAUGCUAUAUUUAUUGAUUGUUUGGAGGAACUAUUUGAAAACUAUUUUCUUAAAAAUAAUUUCAUACUGUUGGGUGAUUUCAAUAUUAAUUAUGCAGAUAACAAUGCUUUUUAUAGUAGAAAAAUCAAAAAUUUGUUAAAUAUGUAUGGUUUUGCUCAAAUAGUGACGCAGUGUACUAGAAUUACAAUAAACGCAAAAACCUUGAUAGAUUAUGUGGUAACUAACUGUUGCGAUGUUCAAGCAUCUGUCUUUCAUACGCCUAAGAUAACUGAUCAUUCAAUGAUAUCUGUCAGUUGUUUCAAAUCUAAUAUAAAUAUUCCUGAAAAAAAGCUGAUUGUUAGAAAUAUUACUUCUGAGACAUAUUCAAACAUAAAUAUUGAACUAAUUGAUCAAACAUGGCUAUUGAAUUCAAUCGAUGUUAACGAAAUCUUGAAUGAAAUAUUUGAUAAAACUAAAAUAAUUAUAGAUAAUCUUGCACCUGAACACACUAUCUCAAUAAAAAAUAACAAGUUACCUUACUAUGAUUUGGAAUUGAAAAAUAAAGCUAAGGAACGAAAUACAAUAUAUAAAACAUUUAAAAAUAAUUACAGCUCACCUCAGCGUGAACAAUUCUGGGAAAACUAUAAAAUUGUUAGAAAUCAGUAUGUUAAUAUGUUAAAAAAGAAAAGGAUACUUUUUUAUGAACAACAAAUUGACGCAAAUCGUAAUAAUCCAAGACAGAUGUGGAAACAUCUCAAAUCAAUAAUAAAUCCGGUUAACAAUAGUAAAAUGAAUAAAAUCAUCUUUCGUGAAAACAAUUCAAUAACAAUUAGUGAAAAUGAACAUGAGAUAGCUGAGAAUUUCAAUAAUUACUUUGUUAAUAGUAUUUCAAAUAUCUCUAAGAGUAUCCCUCAAUCUGAUGAAUGGUCAUCCACAAAUUAUUCAGUUAUAAACAGUUCUUUUUCCAAAUUUAAACUAUUAACGAUGACUCAACUGCGGAAGAUUAUUCAUUCCUUAGACAAUAAAAACAAGUCUGAAGUACUAAAUAGCAAAUUUUUAAAAGAAACAUUCGAGGUAUUUGGGUAUGUGAUGUUAAACCUGGUGAAUACAUCUCUGGAUAAAGGAAUAUUUCCAGAUCAACUGAAGAUAACUUCGGUUAUUCCUAUACCAAAGGUUAGUAAUACAAUUGAAGCAAGCGAUUUUCGCCCAAUUAAUACUCUACCAACUUUGGAGAAACUUCUUGAACUAGCAGUUUACGAACAAUUAGUUGCAUACUUUGAUGAUAAUGAAAUAUUCUUAGGUAAACAGUCAGGAUUCAGAAAAAAACAUUCCUGUGAAUCAGCUAUUCAGUAUACUUUCUCUAGAUGGAAAAAUGCGUUUGAUGAAAAUAAAUACACUGUAGCUGUCUUUCUUGACUUCAAGCGCGCAUUUGAAACAAUUGACAGAAACAUUUUGAUAAAAAAAUUAAAUUAUUAUGGGUUAGUUACCUUAGUGAAAGAAAACAGAAAACAAAAAUUGGUUCAAAAAUAUUUGAUGAUAUAGAUAUCAACAUUGGUGUUCCCCAGGGAAGUGUAAUUAGCCCACUUUUAUUCAUUAUAUACCUAAAUGAUAUUUAUUAUGUUCCUGGGCUACAGGAACUUAAUCUGUUUGCAGUCGAUACAUUAGUUUAUACCUCGAAUACAGAACUCAAUGAUGCUGUAGAUGCUCUCAAAGGUUCUAUGAAGAACAUUGAAAAAUAUUUACAUAUGAAUAAAUUAAACUUAAAUGCAGAUAAAACAAAAGCUAUGGUGAUAACAACUAAAUAUAAACUGAACUCUAUUGAUUAUAAUGAAAUAAAAAUUGAAAUUGGUAACACUACCUUGGAAUAUGUGUCUGAAAUAAAGUAUCUGGGAGUUAUUGU